AUGGCAAUCGAGAUCGUUCCGCUGGCCCAGGGUGAUAUACCUGGGGCUGUAGACUGUGUGCAGAGAGCAUUUUCGGAUGACCCUUAUUUUCGAUGGGCGUUUGACGAUCCAUCCAAGUUCAAUAUCCAACGAAACGCAGCCUCCCUCGCGGCCCAUUUUCAAUACGGCAUUAACUGCAGCUGUCCCAUAUCCGUCGCUAAGAUAACCCGCGCGGCAAAUGAGACCAAAAACGACCUUGAAGUCCGUUUACCGCCCGGGACUGUGGUCGGGGUGGGCUGGUGGUAUUCGCCACAAGCUCCAUCUAAACCGCAGACUUGGUCUGUUUGGGCGCAGGAAUGGCUUCUCUCAUUCCGCCAACUCAUGAACAACAUUCUCUUCUUCGGUCGCGGAGGUUUGAAUGUCCGCCGCUACUGGAUCUGGAAGCAGGUGCAACGAUCCGCCCAUGACUCUAUCUGGCAGGAUCCUCGUGGAUAUUACUUUUGUAAUGUUGUCGGUGUGGAUUCUGAGGCGCGUGGCAUGGGUGUUGGAAAGAAGCUCAUGGAAAGUGUCAUGGAGAAGGCUGAUCAAGAGGGAAUGCCUUGCUACCUUGAGAGCUCUAAAGGAUAUCCUAAUGUGUGCAUCUAUGAAAAGAUGGGCUUCGAGCUUGUCAGAGAGAUUGAGUGUGUGGAUGGAGGAGAUGUCUGCAAGGUAUGUACUGACGGCUUCACUCCCCGAUUAUGUGACUAA